AUGAACCCAAAAACUCGUAGCAGAAUUAUCAUUACAUCUAGAUAUACUGAUGUAGGCAGAUAUAUUGGUGAUGAAAGGUCUUUGGUUGAAUUGAAACACUUAGAUCAAGAAAAGAGCUGGGAACUCUUCUCCAAGCUGAUCAAAUCUUCUUCAGAAAAUAUAAAUGAGAGAUUUCUUACAAAAGAAUUGGGAGGUAUCGCUAGGAAGAUAGUAGAAAGAUGUGGUGGCUUGCCAUUGGCAAUUGUGGUUGCGGUGGGUAUGUUGCGACAGAGAAGAAGAAGCAAACUUGCUUGGAACGAGGUGCUUGACAUCUUGAGCACAAGUACUGAAAAUAAUUGUUCAGAGAUCUUGUAUUUGAGUUACAAAGAUUUACCUCCGGACUUGAGGCCUUUCUUUCUUUACUUUGGCCUCUUCCCAGAAGAGCAAGAAAUUUCUGAGUCUGAAAAUUUAAUCCAAGUUUUGAGAAGAGAUGUGGAUGGAAGAGUAAAACGUUGUCGUAUACAUGAUUGUCUACGCGUUCUUUGCAUCAAUAUAGCCAAGAAGAACAGCUUCUUUUGUAGAUACCAAAAUAGAUUCCAUGAUACACACACAAAUUCUUUUUCAAAACUUCGUAGACUUACCAUUGAAGCUGAUGAAUAUUCUUUUUCAAAUUCUAGAACUAGAAAACUUCGUUCCUUGCUCUAUUUCAGUCAUUCAAGCCAAGCAUUAAUUCCUAAUGAGAUAGGAAACCUGAGUAUCUUGACUUACCUUAAGUUGAGUGGGAGAUUUAAAAGGAUGCCUUCUAGUAUAGAGAAUCUCAAGAAAUUGGUGACGUUGGAUAUUCAACGAGCAAUUUUUUAUUGUGAUUUGCCAAAAAAUAUUUUGAGGAUGAAGUAUUUGAAGCAUUUACUCAUGUGCGAUACAUGUAUCUUUGAGUCUAAGAUAGAAAAUUCGAAAGUCGGAGAUGUGGUGUCUUUACCCAACAUAGAAACUUUAGAGGGGCUGCCUGGAAUCUUUUUGGAAGCUGGCUCAUUAGAAAAACUCUCCAACUUGAGAAGGCUGAGUAUAAGUAAGAUUAGUGACCAACAAAUUCAUGUAAUAUCUGGUACAACAGGGAUAUUGGAGAAGCUCCAAGAAUUGCA